GUGAUCACGCCCUGUCGGCGCCUCAUCCUUUGUGCAGACAACAGGAAGGAAAUGGAGGAUUGGAUGACAGCGCUGCGCAGCAUCCAGAACAGACAGAAUUAUGAGUCCACCCAGUAUAGCAUGGACCACUUCAGUGGGAUGCACAACUGGUACGCCUGCUCCCACGCCAGACCCACGUACUGCAAUGUGUGCAGGGAGGCUCUGUCAGGGGUCACGUCACACGGCCUCUCCUGUGAAGUGUGUAAAUUUAAGGCUCACAAACGGUGUGCAGUCAGAGCCACCAACAACUGUAAAUGGACAACGCUAGCUUCUAUCGGGAAGGACAUCAUUGAGGACGAGGACGGGGUGUCGAUGCCUCAUCAGUGGUUGGAGGGAAACCUGCCGGUGUCGGCCAAGUGCACCGUGUGUGAUAAAACGUGCGGCAGUGUGCUGCGGCUGCAGGACUGGAGGUGUCUGUGGUGUAAAGCAAUGGUGCACUCCAGCUGUAAGGAGCAGCUGUCCUCCAAGUGUCCCCUUGGUCAGUGCAAAGUGUCCGUCAUCCCUCCGACGGCACUCAACAGCAUCGACUCAGACGGUUUCUGGAAGGCGUCGUGUCCUCCGUCCUGCACCAGUCCUCUGUUGGUCUUUGUUAACUCUAAAAGUGGAGACAAUCAGGGCGUGAAGUUCCUGCGGCGCUUCAAGCAGCUGCUGAACCCGGCGCAGGUGUUUGACCUGAUGAAUGGAGGGCCUCACCUGGGUCUGCGGCUGUUCCAGAAGUUCGAUACCUUCAGGAUCCUGGUGUGUGGAGGAGAUGGCAGCGUUGGCUGGGUGCUGUCUGAGAUCGAUAUGCUCACGCUGCACAAGCAGUGUCAGCUCGGCGUUCUUCCUCUGGGGACCGGGAAUGACCUUGCCCGGGUUCUGGGCUGGGGUUCGGCCUGCGACGAUGACACCCAGCUCCCUCAAAUUCUGGAGAAACUGGAGAGAGCCAGCACCAAGAUGCUUGACAGGUGGAGCAUCAUGGUCUAUGAGACUAAGUUUCCACGGCAACACUCUGCAUCCACUGUCACCGAGGACUGCAGCGAUGACUCUGAGGUUCAGCACAUUCUCACGUAUGAGGACUCAGUGGCUGCUCACCUGUCCAAGAUCCUGACCUCUGACAAGCACUCGGUGGUUAUCUCCUCGGCCAAAGUUCUCUGUGAGACGGUGAAGGACUUUGUGGCCCGGGUUGGUAAAGCUUACGAGAAGAACACGGAGAGUUCGGAGGAGUCAGAGGCCAUGGCCAAGAAGUGCGGUGUGCUGAAGGAGAAGUUGGACUCGUUGCUGAAGACUCUAAAUGAGGAGUCUCAGGCGUCCUCCGUGCUCCCUCCAGCUCCUCCACCAACCAUCGCUGAGGAGCAGGAGGAGGUGGAGGGACUUGUGCUGCCUCCUCUUCAUCUUCCUCCUCCUCCCCACUUUCUGCCCAUUUCCACCUGCUCUUCACGCCCCACCAGUUCCACCUCCUCCUCCUCUGUGGUAGCAGCUGCCAUUUUUAAACCUCGAGAACAGCUGAUGCUGAGAGCCAACAGUCUGAAGAAGGCCAUCCGGCAGAUCAUUGAGCACACUGAGAAAGGUGAGCCCGUCAUGGUCAGGACUCACCUGAACAGGUGUGGUGGUUUCACAGAGGAGCUGUUCAGAUACAGCUCAGUAAAGUCAAAUCUCCAUGAGGCUGUGGAUACUCAGCUACAGUCAGUACAGCUGCCCCUUAGCAGGCUGCCACAGGCUGGCCUAUCAGAGGAAAGCAGGUGUUUGGGGAGGAGGGCUUUAAAGAGACGAGUGAUAACAGGUUUAUUUUCGACGAUGGAUUGGGGGGCUGUAUGAGAUGCAAUUAAAGGGAAAAAUUAGAUUUUCUGUCCUUCUGAAAAAUUUGGGUAAAUGCUCAUCAGUUCCUUCCACAGAUUGAAGCUGGGCUGAGUUACAGAAAUGACAAACACACUGAUCCAGGAUCAGAUCUCAAUGUCUGCUGCUGCAGAACAGCUUGGCCUCAGGUUUGUUGUUAGACUCUGUCCACAGACAGACCCCAGCUGCGGGACUCAGCUGGGGUCAUGCUGGUUCAGAUUCAGGAAACCAGGGCAGGAAGCUUGAUGAGUUCGGUCACUUUAAUUCAAUUCAAUUCAAUUCAAUUUUAUUUAUAUAGCGCCAAAUCACAACAUAAGUCUCCUCAAGGCGCUUCAUAGAUACAGAGAAAAAAAA